UGUAUCCACACAUAGCUACAAUGGAAUGGUCCGUUACGAGUUGGGAAUAGAUUUGGGGAUUGGCUGCUAUGCUUUCCUGAAAACCCUAAUUUGAAACUGAAUGUCGUUGUGAUGGCGAUUCGAUCGGUAUUCGAUUCUUCCGCCAUUAGAACCGAGUUUGAGAAGGCCGGAAUCAACACCAAUUUCAUCCAUCUAAUAUGGAAGUAUGUGAUUCAGAACCCUAAUUGUGAAUUGGACGAAGUUCCUUCUUUGCCAGCCGCAGCUUACCCACUUCUUCGCUCCAAGUUCAAACCCUCCACUUCUACUCUUCACUCCGUCAUCGAAUCGAGCGAUGAGGUCACUACUAAGCUUCUCAUUAAGUUGCAGAAUGGAGCAUUUGUGGAGGCUGUGAUCAUGAGGUAUGAUUCGCGUUUGGGAAAAUAUAAUGGAAAGCCUCGGCCUGGUGGUCUGAGGUCAACCUUGUGCAUCUCCUCUCAGGUUGGUUGCAAAAUGGGUUGCAAAUUCUGUGCAACUGGAAGCAUGGGAUUUAAAAAUAAUCUAUCAUCGGGAGAAAUAGUGGAACAACUGGUGCAUGCCUCCCGCUUAUCGCAGAUACGUAAUGUUGUCUUCAUGGGAAUGGGGGAGCCAUUGAAUAACUAUGCUGCCUUGGUAGAAGCUAUCCGGGUGAUGACAGCAUCACCAUUUUGGUUGUCACCUAAAAAAAUUACUGUUUCAACUGUGGGAAUUACUCAUGCAAUCAACAGGAUCCAUAAUGAUAUUCCAAAUAUAAAUUUAGCAGUAUCGCUGCAUGCACCAGCUCAAGAUAUCCGUUGUCAGAUAAUGCCUGCAGCUCGGGCCUUUCCUUUGGAAAGACUUAUGAAUACGCUGCGAGAAUAUCAAAAUAACAGUCAGCAGAAAAUCUUUAUUGAGUACAUAAUGCUCGAUGGGGUGAAUGAUGAGGCACAGCAUGCCCACCAGCUUGGAAAAUUGCUGGAGACAUUUCAAGUGGUUGUGAACCUGAUACCAUUUAAUCCAAUUGGUACACUCAGUGAUUUCAGAACCAGCAGCGAACAUAGUGUUACCAGAUUCCAGGAAAUAUUGAGAAGUGCUUAUAACAUCCGAACAACCAUUCGUAAGCAAAUGGGCCAAGAUAUUAGUGGUGCAUGUGGUCAGCUGGUGAUUAGCAUGCCCGACAAGAGGUCCACUGGGAAUGAAGAACCCCUGAUCGACAUUGAAGAUCUUCAUCUUUAAUACUGCCAAUCUUUCAUAUCCUAGUUCCUGUCAAUUAUAAGGUUUGUAGGUUGAAGAACUGUUGAUUAAAUCUGAAACCAGAGCUUGUUGCAUUGGAUAGAAAGAAUUUAUGUAUUGCCUGUGUUUGAAGUGAUAAUUCACUUUUGACCACUGGUAGGAGAUCGGCAGAUAACAUUGUUACGCAGGAUCUGUAUCUGCUCAAAUUUUGUCAACCUUCUUAAUUCUUGUAAAUUUAUGUGGAAGAGGACAUGUUAAGAUCACAGAUCAGAGAGAUAAUUCAAUAGUGUCCAAAAUGCUGCCAUUAUUGAGUUCUUUUCUUUUUCUUCCCCCCAACCCACCCUCUCUCUUCCUCGCCCCACGGAUUAGGGGAUUUGUAACAUUAUGGCAUACUAUUCCAAGUUUUUCUGUGAUGUUAUAGUAACGUAGUGUUUCAGUUCAGCUAAAUAUUGUUGGUUU